CUUUGCCCUUGAGGCGGCCGCUUUUGGUGGCGGGGUAUUGUCCGUGAGGAGCUCAGCUGGGUACUCGUGAGCUUUGGCCGUGCGCGCGAGCCACGACGCUACCGCAUCUGUGUCCUAUUUGUAUUGCCGGUAGGCAUUGAACAUCGACGGUGGCAGCAUCUUGAAUUCUUGAUUGAUGCCUAAUGGGUGUGGUUGAAAUUCCGGCUCGCCAAAUCCCCAGGAACUGAGGAACAGUUCAAGUCCAAAGUCCAAAGACUCCAAACCUCCAGCCUAAACACCGGCCGACUGUCGCUGCAAUGACUUCUGCCUACGAUCUCAUCGGCCAGCAUUCCUCUAAUACCCUCUAUAACCCAGAAUAUGUGUCUUACACGGAUAAAGAAUGGGCCCGGCCAUACCCAUCGAUGCAAAACCUCAUUGUUCACACAACCAUCGACGAUCAGGACAUCGUCCACGCUACUUUCGAUCUUGCGUUCAUGCCUCUUGAUAGUGACGAAGAGAAACGUGCUGCCGAGCCUGCCCUUGCACCAAACAAGCGGUACUGGAUGCUCGAGACGGAGGCUGACGUGGAGCACUGGUGGCACACAGAAGUCUCCGACAUCGUGAUGGCGGCGUGGGCCAGAUAUCCCGCCAUCGUUCAAACCUGCCACACCAAGCCUCCAAGCGAGAUCCACAUCUCGGAAAACGUGGACACGACCUACGGCGUGUAUUUCGGCAACUGGCGAUAUCCCGUAGCAAUCGGGGAGAUCAAGAGAAACCUGAUCAAGAAGAAGGAAUGGCAGACUAAUAGCUUGCGUGAUUCACAGCAGAAACUGGCGCGUGAGCUCCGCGGGUAUGCCGAUAAGUAUCAAUGUCCCCAAGUCUUCUGCUGGGACGGCCGAACUUUGUUGGUGCUCCAGUUUCGGGCCCAUAAGCUCGAGCACAUCAGGAACGCAGACUGCCCAAUCGACUGCUGGGUCAUCCCCGUCCAAGGAUCUAUGUGCACCUUCUGGUACGCACUCUACAGGCUCAUGGUUCAGGGAUUCCGCAGGUGCCAGGGGGUCGUUGCGGCCAAGCCUCUCCGUGUUGGCACCUUACAAGAGCAUGGGCGAGAGUUUUUCACCGGGCGUCCGAUCUGGAUGGUUGACGGCCACUCUGGUACCAAUCAUCCAGAUGAUUAUGUUCGGGUCGUCGAUGGUGCCACUGGGGGUUUGUUCUGGAGUCACGAAAUGGUUGAAGAUUCGGUGUGGGAAACCGAAGCUUUCUGGCGCACACCAGACCAAGUGUUGAACCAGUAAGACCUUUGCGGUCUUUAUGUUCAGCAUGGCUUUCACGCCCUUCCACAUAUCUGGCUUGGCUGGGCGCUUCACCUUCUUCGCCCCCUUCACCUCCUUCACUUCCUUCACGCUCUUUUCUCUGCCUGACCUCUGCACACUACAACAGAAUUUUUUUCCUGGUGAGCUGAUUCGUGGUCAACGGUCUUUUAUGGGCGCUUUCUUCUAUA